GCAAGAAUUUUCAGCAUGCAUUUUCUCGCUUCUGACGUCAUUAAAAAUAAAUAGACAAUGUGAGAGGCUAGCUCUCUUUUGGUCGUAUAACCGAUUUUCCAAGUGCAUUUAAUUACGAUUAAAUGUACAUACUUUAUGUGUAACUUAAUGGAGCACGUUGAAUUUCUUGCGUUGCCUUAUAUGACAUAUGCGAUAUUAUAUUUGUAAUUAUGAUUUAAUUGAAAAAAUUCAUGUCUAAUUAAGUUCAAAUCUAUGUAUCUCACUUGAGUUUCAAGUAACGAUUGUUAACACGCAACUAUACGACUAAUGAGACUAUUGCGUCUUAUUAAAUUAUUUAUUAGUAGCUUAUCAAGUAUUUGUACAAAGUAUUUGCAUUUAAUUGCAAUUCCAAUUAAUUGUAUUUGAAGAAUUGGUUAUAUGAUCAAUAGAGAGUCGGUGAAACGAGGCAAAAGAUAUAUGCGUUUCGAAUUAUAUUUAUUUACUACAUUUUAGGUAAUUCAAUCACUGGUUAAGCUUUUGCACAGUCGACAGAAAUAAACGCGGUAGUAAUCAACAUGUUAGUAGAGCACGUUGUCUCGUAACGCAUACAUCACAGUAACAUCCGUGAUGUGUACAAUGCACUCGAGUGGCAAAUCGAUUCCAGCGACGUACGCGCGCGAUAUUGAAACGAGCGCUCACGUAUCGAGAACAAUCGCGGCUAUCUGGACGAUCUGGAAGAGCGAAGUCGCGGUCUCACCGCGCCGCUAAUGUAUGCUUCAGGGUGCCUCGGUCUGCGCGUCUUCCUUGUCGCCUUCGUGGACUUCGCAGGAGAGAAAAGCGGCCUCGGCCGACUAUUUGGCUGCCACCCAGAUUCGGCAGUAGCGAAAGUGUAUCGGCCAUAGAAUCGCUCGUGACGAUUGCUCCUCUUCUUCGGCUGAUGCGUCGCCGACGGCUGAUGCCCUAUAAAUACUUACGGGGGUCACGAUUCCUGAACAAACUCAGUUUUUCGUCGGCAUCGCGACUAGCAACUGGAACCCGAGAACGAUCGGCCAUGAAGCUUCUUCUGAUAAUGUCGCUGGUGGCGGCUAGCAGUGUAGCAGUUACUGUCGAGAACAAUUUGCGACGAAAGAACAGUGCUUCUGUAGGAGAGAAGAAACACGGCAAAAGAGGACUCGACCAUUUGGGAUAUGGCUUACAGCAGGAACAUCAGGAACACUUGUACGGACCACCGGCACAAUCGCCUCCUGUUUACGAAGUCCCAGCGCCGGACGUCAGUCAUCCGAUACCAGGAUACAUUCCGGAGCCGUCACCGCCGGUCGCCGUUGGACACCCAGUUGCAGCAGUACCGGUUCCACAGCCGAUACCGCACCCGGUGCCGCAACCCGUGGCGGUGCCCGUAGCAGUGCCGAUCACGAAGCAUGUGCCGUUCCCCGUGCCAGUGCCAAUCCACAUUGACCGCGCAGUACCGGUAGCGGUGCCUGUUCCCAAGCCGUAUCCAGUCACCGUGGAGAGGAUCGUUCCCGUGGACCGGCCUGUUCCGGUGCCUGUCGAGAAGCCGGUGCACAUUCCGGUGGACCGCCCGAUACACGUGCCGGUCCCGGUGCCAAAGCCAUAUCCUAUCACCUUCGAGAAGAUCGUGCACGUGGACCGGCCGUAUCCGGUGCACGUGGCUGUACCGGUACACAUACCGAAGCCGUAUCCGGUACCGAUUGCCAUUCACGCGCACUACAAGUCGCACGCCUGGUAAUUCGUUCGUUCCACGUUAUACUCGUCUUCCUCGGCGCUUCAAUGACAAUAUUAAGUACAUACGUGUGUCUCGUCUGUCGUCGCUUAACACGGGGUAACUUUCAUAAUAUCAUAAGUACGAUUAUCGUAGAGUUAACGUGGAUCAUAAUUAAUCUUGCCUGACGAGAUGAAAUGUGCGUUCAGGACUGAUGUUGCGUCGACGAAGUUUUGUACGUUCUUUUUUAAAUAAACAAUGUUAUUAAAAGCUUCUUUACUGCUAUCCUACAAGCGCGCUAAA